AGGACGCGUCUCCAAGUCCCAGUGACUCCUCCUGUUUGGGACUGGGCGGGGAGAGUUCGGGGAGACAAAUAAAACCUCGGGAGGCGGCAGCUGGUGGGAAGACGCGAACCUGGGUCUCGACCUACUGCAUCUGCCCAGCCUCUUCACCCCUCUGCACCCCCAAACCCCAGCCCAGGCCGGGGCGCACGAGCCAGCCAGCGCACCUGCAGUCCUCGCCCGUACGCGCCGCGCCCCCUCGGAACCAGGCUCUGCUCCAAGCCGCCUUAGUCUCUCAAGCCAGUCACAGUCCCUGCCAGGCCGGGUGGGCGUCAAGAUGAAGGCGGCCCGCUUCGUACUGCGCAGCGCUGGCUCGCUCAGCGGUGCCGGCCUGGUGCCCCGAGAGGUCGAGCAUUUCUCGCGCUACAGCCCGUCCCCGCUGUCCAUGAAGCAGCUGCUGGACUUUGGUUCAGAAAAUGCAUGUGAAAGAACUUCUUUUGCAUUUUUGCGACAAGAAUUGCCUGUGAGGCUUGCCAACAUUCUGAAGGAAAUUGAUAUCCUCCCAACCCAAUUAGUAAAUACCUCUUCAGUGCAAUUGGUUAAAAGCUGGUAUAUACAGAGCUUGAUGGAUUUGGUGGAAUUCCAUGAGAAAAGCCCAGAUGACCAGAAAGCAUUAUCAGACUUUGUAGAUACACUCAUCAAAGUUCGAAAUCGACACCACAAUGUAGUCCCUACAAUGGCACAAGGAAUCAUAGAGUAUAAAGAUACCUGUACCGUUGACCCAGUCACCAAUCAAAAUCUUCAGUAUUUCUUGGAUCGAUUUUACAUGAACCGUAUUUCUACUCGGAUGCUGAUGAACCAGCACAUUCUUAUAUUUAGUGACUCACAGACAGGAAACCCAAGCCACAUUGGAAGCAUUGAUCCAAACUGUGAUGUGGUAGCAGUGAUCCAAGAUGCCUUUGAGUGUUCAAGGAUGCUCUGUGAUCAGUAUUAUUUAACAUCUCCAGAAUUAAAGCUUACACAAGUGAAUGGAAAAUUUCCAGACCAACCAAUUCACAUCGUGUAUGUUCCUUCCCACCUCCAUCAUAUGCUCUUUGAACUAUUUAAGAAUGCAAUGCGGGCAACAGUUGAACACCAGGAAAAUCAGGCUUCCCUUACACCAAUUGAGGUGACAGUUGUCUUGGGAAAAGAAGACCUUACAAUUAAGAUUUCAGACAGAGGAGGUGGUGUUCCCCUGAGAAUUAUUGACCGCCUCUUUAGUUAUACAUACUCCACUGCGCCAACACCUGUCAUGGAUAAUUCCCGGAAUGCUCCUUUGGCUGGUUUUGGUUAUGGCUUGCCAAUUUCUCGUCUCUAUGCCAAGUACUUUCAAGGAGAUCUGAAUCUCUACUCUUUAUCAGGAUAUGGAACAGAUGCUAUCAUCUACUUAAAGGCUUUGUCUUCUGAGUCUGUAGAAAAACUUCCAGUCUUUAACAAGUCAGCUUUCAAACAUUAUCAGAUGAGCUCUGAGGCUGAUGACUGGUGUAUCCCAAGCAGGGAACCAAAGAACCUGGCAAAAGAAGUGGCCAUGUGAAGAGGGACAUUCAAGACACUAUGGGAUCAAUGUGGGUCUGCACCAGUGCUGCUUCCUGAAUGUUUGUGUGUGAAUUCUUGUUUCGUCCAAAACAAACAACAUCAACGAAAACUCCUUAAUCAGAACCCUGAUCCACUGAGGAAUGGAGCUUAUUUCUGUGACCCAGGAGAACUUAGUGCAGGAUGACAGGAGUUAACAGAUGGUCAGCUCCUUAUUUUUUAAUGUAGAACAGCUCAUGAAUUUAUAUCAAAUCCUGAAUAAAUAAGCCUCAGUUUUCCAUCUAUUUUUGAUAACAAGAAUGAGAAAAAGAGUGAGCAUGAAGAUGGUGGUUAGUAGUUUCAGUAGACUGAUAUUUUAGGCCUCUUGUUCACAUCAAAGGAUACUGGUGUCAGAAUACCAGCAUUUUCCUGCCAUAAAAAGGAUUAGCGCGUAUGUGGUUAGAAAUGCAUGUAAACGUACAUUUUGAACAUAUUUAUGUGCUCCGGAAGGAAAGGCUGGUGAUUUAAAUAAGGUUUACUUUGAAUGAGGAGGAACGAGUCAAAACAUUCUGUUCAAAGUUGCAGUGAAGGCAUCAACCUAUGUAAAAACUCAGAAGGAAGGCUCCUCUGAUAAAAACACAGCUCCUUUUUUAUGCUGCUUUUCCUGUUCACUUUACUCACUAAGUGAACACUUAUUGUCAGGUGCCUAGUCUUGAGUGAAUUGUUAGAUGUGCACUUAUCUCGGGAUGUUGAAGAUUGGAGAGAGAGAAUUGCCAAAGUAACAGCAAAAAUAUCUCUUACUUUGCUUUGUUUGUAAACAAAUCUGUAGACUGGAAAAACUAGUGUCGGGGAAAGAAAUCAGAUAUUCAGAGCCUAACUCAGUAGGAAAGGCUUUUCUCUACCUUGAAAUGAUGGUAAUCCAAAGGCAUCUAUUUUCUAGGCUUAAAAUACAUAUUUUUAUAUAAUUAUUAUGUUCUCUACACUCCAGCAUUAAUAUGUCUGUUUAAAAAUUUCUAAUUCUCAAAUGGUUCAAGAACAUUAGAAUUUAAGUACCUUUUGGAGUAAUUUGUUUAAACAAAUAGCCUGGACGUAAGAGAUUCUCAUGCCAGCAUGCUUUCAUUUGUGAGUCAUUGUGACUGAGAACUAAUGAAUGACACCUGAAAUGCAUAUGGUAUUUUGGGAGAGUUAAGGCAUAAUAUGAAGGUUGGUAGGCCAGUCAUGCUGAUUACUCUUAAAGAAGAAGGAAUGGAAAAAUUAAAGAAGGAAGGAAGGAAAGAAAGGAUAUAGGAUGGUAGGGAAGAAGAAGGCAGGCAUUUUUCUAUUUUUCCCACAAAUUAUUUCAAAAAAUAAUCUAUGUUUUCAUGGAUAUGUCAUUGGCAAGAGGAAGAAUUGGUGUCUUUCAAAACAGUAUGGCUUCUUUAAAUGGCUCUCACUCUUAUAAGAUAGAAGGCUUUUAUGAGAUAAUAAACUCAUCUGUGUCAAUUAACAUCUAAACUGGCAUAUAGAGAAAAAGAAGGAUUUUCUGCAUUAUAAAACAAUCAGUAUGGUUUAUAUGUUGAAUUUAACAUUUGUGUGUAAUUUUGUGGUGGCCUGGUGUGGUGCUUCUGGUAAUGGUAACAGAUCCUCAACUGUUUUUCAGAUUUUAUCAUCAUAAGUUGUAGACAGUGAUAUUUCUUAAUGGUUGGAGCCCAGCUUAUGCAUUUCUGAUUAUACAAAACAGUUUUCAGUAGGUUAUUUGUCAUUUCAGUUUUUUACUGAAAUUUGAGCUAAACAUUUUUACAUGUAAAUACUUCUAUUUACCAAAGACUUUAAUCAGUUGAUUAAUUAAUUAACCCAAACACUGUGAACUAUCUUUAAAACAAUAGAAAAAAGAAAUGGUAGUUAACUCCAUUACAUCAACCAUGCAAAUGGACUCUGAUAAAAUAGAAAUAGUCUACAUUGAUAUUUGUGAAAUCUGUGGAAGAACUUUAGGGUUCUAGUGGAUGGAUACUGAAUACUCAGGCUCACUUAAAUUAUUAAUGUAUACAUUGUGUUUUUGUCUUUAUGCUAUGUACAGAGAAAUGUGAUAAUUUUUAUAAUAAAUAUUUUUUAUGAUAAUAGAAG